AGCAGGAUGUAAUUUCAUUUACUUCUUGCUAGGGUCUGACUUAAUUUUCAUGCUCAGACUUUGCUUGAACUAUGAUGCAGGCUGUGAACAACUCUAGGAGGGCUUAGCGUGUUUAAAUAAUACAGUUGUUGAUGAAAAUGCUAAUACAGAAUGGCUUUGGGAGGGGAUCCAGCUUUAUGAGUUGGUCCUGAGGUUUUCCCCCUGCCUGCUGCUCCUCUGGUGGGGCGGAAUGUUGCCACAGCCCCUUCUAUUAGCCUGUGUCUGCCUCUUCCAGAAAAGAUGGGGAUUGCUGGACCUGGCACACAUUCAGCAAGUGCUGCAGCAAAGAAAUACGGCACAAAGUGUUUGUUUGGUGAUUUUACUUUUGUGUCUCAGAUUAAUGCGUUCUCUCUCAACUGGAAUUUUUAUGGAGAAGCUUGCCAGCAAGAAGCUGUGUACUGAUGAUGACUGUGUCUACACCAAUUCCCUUGCAGGAGCACAAGAGGAUUAUAAUGCUUCAGACUGCAGAUUCAUUAGUAUUAAGAAGGGCCAGUUGAUUUCUGUUUACUCAAAAUUAAUGAAUGAAAAAGACUCUGGAGAAUUAUGUGCUGCAAGUCUCCUUGCUUGAAGGUUUAUGGACACCAUAUGGGGGACAGUUGGUUAUUUCCUUUGCAGUUUCGUGUCAGAACAACACGUCUAUCAAGAAGCAAGUAAGACUGUUCCUACAAGGCAUGAGCGGCAAGUGCAGGAGGAAGUAGAUAUUGAAAAUGUCCUGGGGUAA